AUGCCGGCCAAAGCAGCGACACCAGAGAGGGAGAUCGGCACAGCAGCUGCUGCAGCCGCAGCGACCGCAGCAGCCGGUCCAGCAUGGAGGCAGUUCUCCUUCUUCGACUCGUCCCCCGUUCGUGAUGUCGACGACUUUGCGAAGGCGCCUUCCGCCUUGCGGAAUCCAAACGAGGUGGCUGCUGUGGCACAAUGUCCCAUCCGUCCUCCACCAGCGGCUCUCAGCAACACUACCGAUGCAUCCUCAUCCUCGACUGCCGUGCAGUUUGAUGCUGAGGCCUCCACGUCCGCAGACAAAGCUGCCAAAGCAUCCAAGGCGCGCAGACAGCCAUGCACCCUCGUCGGCACCAUUCAGGGCAAAAUUAAGGUACUCGAUCCAGAGACGCUUCAAGAGCUGACGUCGUGGGAUGCCUUCUCGUCCGCUGGCGUUGCAGGCAGAGUAACGCACCUUUCAUGCGAUGCCCGCGGCAGGGUCGUAUCUUUGGGAGAGGAGGACAGCUCUCGCUUCCCAAUACUAAGGAUAUGGGAUCUCCGUAACGGACGCAAUCCCGCUUCUGCAACCGACUCGAACGGCACAUCAUCUGCAACACAAAAGCAGACCUGGAUGCCGCGUCUGCUCGCAGAAGGCAAGGUGCAGCACGGCAGCCGGCCUCAUCCUAUUGCGGCUCUCUCACACACGCCUUCGCUUUCCUACCUCUCCGUCGCUCUAGCGGACGGCACGGUCCUGCUGAUUCGUGGUCUGGAGUCUGCAUUGAUGGCGGCGGCAGGUAGUGCUGGGGUUGCUUCCAACACGUCUCUCGGUAGACCAGCGCCGGCGGUUGCACUGCCCAAGUUCAAGGUCGUCUUUCAACCCACAAGCUCCGACUCGGGCACUCACGAGCCUGUCACUGCCUUGGGCUUCUCGGAAGCCGCUUCGCUCAGCACAAGCAGCACUGCAGCCAGCAACAAAGCUGGCAACCCUGCAUCGAGGACAGUGCCAGCAUACGAGCCAAGAGCGUUACAUGGCUCGAAAGGGCGCAAAGGUGCAGCUGCGCGGCCAAGAGAUGCCCCUGCCAAUGCUGCGCAGACAGAGGCAGCAACUCCACCGUCGGCCGUUCAUCUCUUCAUCGUCACUCUCUCGCGCGUGUUGCGAUACGUCGUCGUCGGGAAAGGCGCAGGCGGGAGUCCAGCUGUGCUCGACGAUGUGGGUGGUGCGCUCGGUUGUGCUGCCAUCAUCCCGGCUCGACCCGCCGGCUCAUCGUUUGCGGCAAACAGUGCUCUGGUGUCAGGGUCACAAACAGCAUCGGCGCAGAGUGGCUUGGGCUCCGCAGGUAAGAUGGUGAUCGCACGCGACGAAGCCAUCUAUGUGAUCGGGCAAGAAGGUCGAGAAGCCUGUCUCGCCUACGAGGGGCCCAAGGCCUCCAUCCAUCUAUCAUCUUCGCAGGUCAUCAUCGUCUCCCCUCCCUUCACUCCAUCUUCGUCAACAUCAUCGUCUUCACGGAAUCUGAUCGGCAACCGUGACUCGCCCUCGUCAACGCCGACAUCACGCAAAGGCUCCUUGGCGCCCACCGAGAUUGCCAAGAUCACAAUCUUCGAUCUGGACAACAAGCUCGUCGCCUUCAGCGGCACAUUCGAGUCCGGCGUCCGUUCAGCUUGGGUCGGUCCCGCCGGCGAAAUCCUCAUUCUCAGCGACAUGGGCGAGCUUACACGUCUAGAGGAAAAGCCGCUGCGAGCCAAGCUCGACGUUCUCUACCGCAAAAGCCUUUUCCUGCUUGCGGUCAACCUCGCCCGCUCGCAGAUGCAGCGCGCAGCGAAUCCUGACGUACUCGCCCGCACCGAGGCGCUGAUGGGCGACAUCUACCAGCGCUACGGCGACCACCUGUACAACAAGGGCGACUACGAUGGCGCCAUGGCGCAAUACGUAAAGACCAUCGGGCACACUCAACCCUCGUUCGUGAUCCGCCGGUUCCUCGACGCGCAACGCAUCACCAACCUGACGACGUACCUGCAGGAGCUGCACGCGCAGAACCUGGCGAGCUCGGACCACACCACGCUGCUGCUGAAUUGCUACACCAAAUUGAAAGACGUUGCGUCGCUGGACAAGUUCAUCAAGCGGCCUCAUGCGAAGGCGUCACCUUAUGACGACGAAGUCGCUGACGAGGGAGCUGCGGAAGACAGGGACGAGCUGCCAUUCGACCUCGAAACGGCCAUGCGCGUCUGUCGCCAAGCCGGGUACUUCGGGCACGCCGCGUACCUCGCCAAGCGCUACGGCGAGCACCGCGAAUAUCUGCGCAUUCAGAUCGAGGACGCGAAAGACUACAGCGAUGCAUUGCUCUACGUGCGCGGGCUCGAACCGGAAGAUGCCAUUUCGACCAUGAGCCAGUACGCCAAGACGCUGCUCGCCGAGCUGCCGGACGAGACGACUGAGCUGCUGAUCGAGCUGUGCUCGGGCGCAUUCCGUCCCGACCCGGACGCGGCACAGAAGGCACUGCGCAUGCAGGAAGGCGAGUCGUCGAAGAAGCAGCCGCAGAAGUCGGCCGCUGCCGCCUAUCUCAGUUAUCUCCAGGUGGGAGGGUUUGGCAAGUUGCAACAGUCAGGCUCACGUGCAGGGACGACGGGUAACAACACACCCGCACAGCGCAACUCGACCGCCACCGCAGAGCCAUACUCCCUCGAAGGCACGCGACCAUCAAGUAGCGUCAAGCCUGAAGCGGACGCAGACACCUCGCUGCCCGAGACAGACGCCGAGGAGGCGAACAAGACGCACCCCUACACCGUGCCCUCACCCCGCACCUACUUCGCACACUUCAUUCAGCAUCCACGACACUUCACGCACUUCCUCGAGACGGUCGCGCUGGCUCGUUGGGGUCAGGUGGUGGACAUGCACGCCGAGCCGCCCGUCGACAAGCUGCUCUCCCCCGCGCAAGAAAAGGGUGCGCCAGCGUACGACGCUCAAGGGGAAGAGGAGGUGGACGACGUAGCACAAGCACUGGCCGAGCUCGGGCUGGACGCGAACGGCGACGGGUACGAAGAUCAGGAUGUCCUCGAUCAGAAGUCGAUCUGGAACACGCUACUCGAGCUGUACCUCACAUUCCCCUCCUCGACCAGCAGCGAAGGCGGGGAGGAAAGACAACGAGCCCUGCGGUUGCUGCAACAGCACGCCACACUACCAUACGACAUGAGCCACGCAGUGAUGCUCUGCUCCAUGGAGAGCUUUAACGACGGCCUCAUCCUGCUGUACGAGCGCAUGGGCAUGUACGAGGAGGUGGUUCGGCUGCAUAUGGAUGCAUCGCUCUCCGACGCUUCUUCUGCCUCUCAUAGUGGCAAGGUGGUUGCUGCCCUGUUACGGUACGGUGUACUCCGGCCGGAGCUGUACGACCUGGUUCUGCGCUUCCUCGUCUCCUCACCAACACUAUUGGAACGACACACGAACGAUCUGCUAUCGAUCCUAACAACCGUACGCGAGCGAGGACUCAUGUCGACACUUGAACUGGUCCAACUUCUCUCUUCGACGCCACACACACCAGUCGGGAUUAUUCGACCGUUCCUCGUCUCCUCCAUUAGCACCACCCUCACGUCCACCGACGCGGACACGGCCGCCAUCGCCGAGUACACCGCGUCGACGACCGACACGCUGGGUGAGAUCUCGGAGCUCACCGAUCCCAACACGCCGAGGGUGUUCCAAAUGACCCGCUGCACCGCUUGUGGUGGGCAAUUGGAUCUGCCCAGUGUGCACUUCAUGUGCAAGCACAGUUAUCAUCAGAGGUGUUUGGGAGAGGAGGAGGCCGAGUGCCCGACGUGCGCCCAACAUCAGGGUGGCGUGAGGGACGCGAGACGGAGACAAGCGGAGAGGGCGGUGGCGCUGAUGGAGGGUGCGAGAGAGAGUGGAGAGGGUGGUGAUGGGUUUGCCGAGUUGGCAAGUUGGUUUGCGCUGCCUGUUAUGGGUGCGGCUGCUGCUGCUCAGGCUGUGUAG